UUGAUGGAGAACAGAACAGAAGGGACAUGGUUCAUUCUCCUGGGACUCAGCAAUGAUCCACAUCUGCAGCUUCCUCUUUUCAUUACCUUCCUCUUCAUCUAUACCAUCACAGUGGUGGGGAACAUGGGCAUGUUGAUGUUGAUUCUUUUGGACACUCAGCUUCACACCCCCAUGUAUAUUUUCCUCAGUAAUCUCUCCCUGGUGGACUUUUGUUACUCUUCAACAGUCACUCCAAAGGUCAUAGCCGGGUUCCUUACAGAAGACAAGAUCAUAUCCUACAAUGCUUGUGCCUCCCAAAUGUUCUUUUUUGCAACCUUUGCCAAUGUAGAAAACUACCUUUUGGUCUCAAUGGCCUAUGAUCGCUAUGCAGCAGUGUGUAAGCCCCUACAUUAUACUGCCACCAUGACAACACGUGUGUGUGCAUAUUUAGUCAUUGGUUGUUAUACCUGUGGUUUACUGAAUGCUUCCAUUUAUACAGUGAAUGCAUUAAGUCUCUCCUUCUGUCAAUCUAAUGUGGUCCAUCAUUUUUUCUGUGACAUUCCAGCAGUCAUGAUUAUAUCUUGCUCUGAUAGACAUGUCAAUGAACUGGUUCUUAUUUCUGUAGCCACCUUCAAUAUCUUUUUUGCUCUUAUACUCAUCUUAAUAUUCUACACAUUCAUUUUUACCAACAUAUUAAAGAUGCACUCAGCUGCAGGAUAUCGCAAAUCUCUGUCCACUUGUGCUUCACACUUCACAGUUGUCUUUAUUUUCUAUGGGACAGUCAUAUUCAUGUACCUGCAGCCCAGCUCCAGUCACUCCAUGGACACUGACAAAAUUGCAUCUGUUUUCUACACCAUGGUCAUCCCCAUGCUCAACCCUAUGGUUUACAGCCUGAGGAAUAAAGAUGUGAAGGGUGCAUUCACAAAGAUUGUAUUUAGGUCAAGAUAA